AGGAAAAUACCAUAGUAUUAAUAACAUCUGUUAAAGGCUGCUGCGAACUCAUCUUUGUUUUCUAGAUUCUCCUUCCAUGGCUACUCUUUCUGAGUAUUCAUCUCCUUGGCCUGACCCUAAUCCCAAUCCCAAUCUUAAUUCCAAUCCUAAUCCUAACCCUAACCCUAACCCUAACCCUAACCCUAAUUCUGAUUUCAUUCCUUCCAACGAGGAUCUACGCGACCUUGAUUCCUUUUCGUCAAUGUCUCCGGUCCAAUCCGACCCCUUUUCUUCUGCUAUUCCGCAGACCAACUCCAAUUUUCACCCCCCUCUUUCUUCAGCCAGCGAGUCCGCCUCACCCGCAUCAACACCCCCACCUUCCCUCCUUCACCUCUCCUUCAACCAAGACCAUGGUUGUUUCGCCGCCGGCACGGACCACGGCUUCAGGAUCUACAAUUGUGACCCUUUCCGUGAGAUAUUUCGUCGAGAUUUUGACCGCGGUGGAGGGAUCGGAGUCGUUGAAAUGCUUUUCCGAUGCAAUAUAUUAACCCUUGUUGGUGGUGGACCGGACCCACAUUAUCCCCUUAACAAGGUGAUGAUCUGGGACGACCAUCAAAGCCGAUGCAUCGGCGAGCUAGCAUUUAGGUCGGAGGUUCGAUCGGUAAAACUCCAUCGCGACAGAAUCGUGGUGGUUUUGGAACAGAAGAUAUUCGUGUAUAAUUUCGCGGAUUUGAAGCUGUUACAUCAGAUUGAAACCAUUGCAAAUCCGAAAGGGUUAUGUGCAGUGUCUCAGGUGACGGGUUCGUUGGUGCUGGUGUGUCCUGGGUUGCAGAAGGGACAGGUUAGGGUGGAACAUUACGCCUCCAAAAGGACAAAGUUUAUCAUGGCUCACGACUCAAGAAUUGCGUGUUUCGCUUUAACUCAAGAUGGACAGUUGCUUGCAACGGCCAGCACCAAAGGAACCCUUGUUCGUAUUUUUAAUACUCUUGACGGUACCUUGCUGCAAGAGGUGAGGAGGGGUGCUGAUAGAGCGGAGAUUUAUAGUCUGGCCUUCUCUUCAAAUGCCCAGUGGCUGGCAGUCUCAAGUGAUAAGGGCACUGUCCAUGUUUUCAACCUUAAGGUUAAUACUGGAUCCUUUAGAGCAGACAAGAAACAAACUUCAUCUGAUCCCAGUUUUGCCUCAUCACCUACCUCAUCCCUCUCUUUCAUCAAAGGGGUGUUGCCCAAGUAUUUCAGCUCAGAGUGGUCAGUGGCUCAGUUCCAUUUAGUCGAGGGUUCUGCAUACAUUGUUGCCUUUGGUCACCAAAAGAAUACAGUGGUAAUCCUUGGCAUGGAUGGAAGCUUCUAUCGAUGCGAGUUUGACCCAGUUAAUGGUGGAGAAAUGACACAAAUUGAAUAUCACAACUUUCUAAAGCCAGAAGCAGUGUUCUGAAAGGCUAUUUGAAAUCUGGAUAUCUGGGUAAUAUAAAGUAUAUUUUUACCUUAGUUCUCUUUUUUCUUCCAUUCAUGUAAUCUUCAUAGUGGGUGGGAUAAAUCAUAUGAUACCUUCAUGUAUUGACACUGGGACCUUAUGGAUCACCGGAUUAAGGGUGAUCAAGGCUGAGGCAACGCAUGCCCCCAGUGUCAAUACUAUAUGGUAUUGUAGAAUUAACUCUUAUUCUGUUAUUUGAUGUAAAUAUAAGUAUAUAUAUGUAAAAUCUGCAACUCAUUUAACUUUUCUUUUUUUUCAAUUCUAAAAGAAAUUGUAAUCAAGGCCUUCCUUUGAUUUA